AGUACCGUGCGCAUAGAUGAGGACCACCCCCUGCACCUCAAGUUCCAGCCGUUCACCAGCAACUCCCAGGCCGUCGCCCAGGUGACCUUCUCAUUCACGUCCACCCACGAGUACCCAAACGACAUGGGUGCCGAGGCGGCCCCUGCUGGCGCCGCACAAGGUGCUGCUGCUGCCGGUGGUGGUAAGGAGGAGGACGGUGGGGGUGACGACGAGCAGCGUGACCAGGACGUCUAUGCCAAUCACGACGAUGACGGUCCUGAGGGACUCGAGGCUGCCCACCAGGCGGCGCUGCUGUUUGGAGAUGCACCCAUCCAGGGAUACAUGGGCGCUGAACUCGGCCCUGAGGUCGAUGAUAAUGAGAUGGCAAAUCUGUGGGGCUGAGAGUUGAAUGGUGCGGACAGCGUG